UUUCAUGGAGUCGGAGUCCUCUCGCCAGCAACCACUUCAAUUUACCGAUAACGGGGAAGAUGUCGCGGCUUAUGUACCGCACUGGACUGCUCACUCUAUGUACACUCCUCUUCGAGAUCCUUCACAGGAACCUGAUCCCGCAAAGUGUUCAAAGUCUAUGCUUGCUCAUUUUACCGCAAAAUUGGGGCGAGAGGUGAUAGGCGUCGAACCGAAGAUUCUGGGCCAUGGGGUAUUCCAUGUUAUAUACGGUCUUAUCUUACGGGAUCACACCGAACCGCCAUGUAUUGCAAGAAUUCGGUACAAUUUCACAGACACCGACCUCGGUUUGCAAGAGGCUCGCUGCAAAACAAAACAAGAAGCCGAUAUUCUCAACUUUUUGGCCUCAUCAGCUCCGGAUCUCCUCGCACCGAGGCUCCUAGCGUUCGAUCCAGACCCGAACAACCCCAUUCAAGCGCCUUUUAUUAUCGAGGCACGUCUGCGAGGGCAGAACCUUCUCCAAUUAUCCUGUACGGACAGCUUCGCCGUGUUUGAUUGGUCGUUGUUCUUGACAGAAUAUACUCGUGCAUUACAUUGGGUGUUUAAUGUCCAACUGCCUGGUCCAAUUGGCAUGAUCGAAGGUUUUGAUGAUGAGGGUCAUCCACGAAUAGGACGUAUCACGGAAGAAGCAAAAUCUCCGGGAGGGCCAUUCACCAGUCUACAGCAAUACAUGGACUGGCGUAUUCGAAGCAUCGUCGUUGAACCAACUGAUAAUCCGAACGUCGACACCGACGCUUUGAUUGACCGUCUCUGCUUUCUAUCCACCCGUCUCUGCGAUCGUAUCAGCUCAGACUCGAACGUCCUUCUCACUCCACGUCUGGUUCAUGGGGACCCACACGAUCGGAAUUGUCUCGUGGACAAUGGGCGAUUCAGUGGUUUGGUAGAUUGGGAGUCCCAUUACAUAUUACCCACCUGCCUGGCGGCCGAAUAUCCUCCCUAUAUACGCUACGACGGUAUGCGAGAGCAGCGUUAUGCAGCUCUGAACGAGUAUGGGGAUAUAGAGUUCAUGAACAGUCAUAUGCGCCCAUCGAUCGAAGAAGCAACUCACCUACGAGCUCUCAUACUUGAGAUCUCGAGAACGGAAUGUCCUCUCUAUGCCCAAGCCCUAGAAGAGGGCCGUACAUUACGCCAACUGCUCGAAUGGAUUACGUUCGUCGAUUGGACUGGGGAGUACGUUUGGCGGGGUUUAGAGCUUUGGGAAGAGGAUCAGCGGAUCGCGUUGGAUGCUUUAACGUCGUGAGAGGAAUGUUGCCUGCUCAAACAAUGUCAUGAUCUUGCCAGUAUCGCUCAGGCCUUUAUUCUGAU